CUGCCGAGCUCUUCUCUUCUCUCAACCUCCCUCCUCCUUCUCAACCUCCUCUCUCUUCCGCUGCUCUUUUUGCUCUUUAUCCUCGCAUCCGACCCCGCGCACCCAUCAUGUCGGCUCCUCGCUCCCCCGCCGGCUCUGGGCGCGCCUCCUCCGCCUCACGCCCUGUCUCCCCGUCAAAACCCGGGCUCGGCAUUCUGCGUGCCCAGGCCUACACCCCGCCCGUCUCAAGAGAGCCUCCAGUCGUUCUCGGUGUCUGCGCCAUGGACGUCAAAGCCCGCUCCAAAGCUAUGCGCGAGAUCCUUACCCGCCUCAACCAGAUUCAGGCGGGCGGUGUCGAGGUCAAGAUCUUUGGUGACGUCGUGAUUCUUGAUGAAGAUAUCGAGCACUGGCCGCAAUGCGACGUGCUCAUCUCCUUUUUCUCGACCGACUUCCCCCUCCCCAAGGCGCUUGCGUACACGCAGAUCGCGACACGCACGCCGCCGAUCAGCAUCAACUCGCUUGCCAUGCAGAGCCUUCUCUGGGACCGGCGUCUGGUGCUGGCGAUCCUCGAUCACGUUGGCGUGCCGACUCCCAACCGAGCGGAGGUGAACCGCGACGGCGGACCCCGCGUGCCCAGAUUCCUCCGUCAGAGAGCGCGCCGCGAUCUAGGCCUCGUUCUGCCAGGCCACAAGGCCAGAGACGAGGACUCUUGGGAGCCCGUCGUUGUUCCGGAUCGUUGGAAGAACAAGCGGACGAAGGACACCGUGCCCCGCGCACGCGAGGUCAUACUGCGCGCCGAUGGCGAUGCCAUCAUCGUCGACGGCCAGGUCAUCGAAAAGCCGUUCGUAGAGAAGCCCGUCAACGGCGAGGAUCACAACGUGUACAUCUACUACAAGGGUGGAGGCGGGCGCAGGCUUUUCCGCAAGGUCGGUAACAAGUCGAGCGAAUACGACCCCGAGCUUUAUCACCCGCGCACGGUCGGCUCGUACAUUUACGAGGAGUUUAUCAACGUCGACAACGCCGAGGACGUCAAAGUGUACACUGUCGGACCGCACUUUUCGCAUGCCGAGACGCGCAAAUCGCCUGUUGUUGACGGUUUGGUGCAGCGCAAUGCCGAUGGCAAGGAAACCCGCUUCAUCACCAAGCUCUCAGAGAGAGAGGAGGAGUAUGCGCGCGACAUUGUUGAGGCGUUCGGGCAGCGUGUCUGCGGCUUCGACCUGCUGCGGUGCGGGCCGCGAAGCAUGGUUAUCGACGUCAACGGCUGGUCCUUCGUAAAGGGCAACCAGGCGUACUACGACAAGGCCGCCGAGAUUCUCUCCGACGUGUGCGACAAGGCGCGCGACCGCAAGCUUGCUGAGCUUGCCGCCGCCAAGCCUGACGCUGCCCUCAUGCCCCCGCCCGCUGAGGCGUCGACGAGCACCCUUCGGGCGACCGUCACGGUCCUUCGCCACGCUGACCGCACCCCGAAGAUGAAGAUCAAGUUCACCUUCCCUGCGCACGAAAAAUGGGCCCAGCCAUUCCUCGCUUUGCUCCGCGGUCACCGCGAGGAGAUCAUUCUCCGUGACCCUCGCCAGCUGAAUUACAUCCUACUCGCCGCCGACGAAGCCGCUCUAGUGCCCGGGAUCGCACCCGAGAUCAUCACCAAGCUUGAGGCGCUCAAGGAGGCACUCAAUAAGAAGAUGUUCAUGCCCGGCACCAAGGCGCAGCUCAAGCCAUCAUUUGCCAAGAAGAAGGGCGCGGACGGCGAGGCCAAGAAGGAGAAGAAGGACAAGGGCGGCGGCUCCGAUGACGAAGGCGAGCUCGAUGAGACGGAGCGCAAGAAGAGAGUGGACGACUGGCUCAAGCGUGGCAGCCUGGGCAACGUCCCCGCCGGCCAGUCUGCGUUGUCGACACUCCGGUCCUCGACACCGCCUGCUGUGGCCCCGGGCGCUCCUAUUCCUGCUACGCCUGAUAUGCUGGCUGUCCUCAGUGGCAAUACAAAGCACUACGGCAUUCCGGAGGGUCUUGAGAAGAUGCAGCUCGUCGUCAAGUGGGGCGGUGAGAGCACCCACGCGGCCCGGUACCAGGCCCGCGAUCUCGGCGACCAGUUCAAGAAAGACAUUAUGAUAAUGAACAAGGACGUGCUCAACAACGUCAAAAUCUACACGUCGUCUGAGCGGCGUGUCAUCAACACGGCGCAAAUAUUUGCGCAUGCUCUUCUCGGCGUCGAGGGUGGAUCAGCGGGAUCGUCCGUGACCUCACGCACGGGCGCCGUCGUACCGGAGCCUUCCGGGCCCGUUAUCUCUCACCUCGUGCAACGCCGCGACCUGCUUGAUGACAACAAUGCUGGCAAGGAGAUGAUGAACGACGCGAAGAAGAAGCUGAAGAUGCUCCUUCGCUCAGGCGAAACGGAGAAGCGCUCAGACCUCGCGUGGCCCAAGGGCAUGAAGGAGCCCGUCGAGGUCGUGAAGGAAGUUGUCACCCAACUGACCGAGCUCCGCGCCAUCAUGAGAGCCAACUACGAGAACGGCAACGUCGAGAAGAUCCCACAACAGCGCUGGUGCUCUGGCGACUCGCCCUGGCUGUUCCGCGAGCGAUGGGAGAAGAUCUUCGACGACUGGGUCGGCGUCAAGCAGGAGAAGUUUGACCCAUCCCGCGUAUCGGAGCUGUACGACUCGAUCAAGUACGACUCGUUGCACAACCGCAAUUUCCUCUUUGCCGUGUUUGACCCUAAGGGCAAGGGGCUCGCGUCGCGUGCUGGAGCCGAGCAUCAGGAUCGGCGACUGCACGAGCUGUACGCACGCGCCAAGGUGCUCUUUGACCUGGUGGCGCCGCAGGAGUACGGCUUUGAUGCCGAGGCCAAGGAGGAGAUUGGUGUUCUGACCUCGCUUCCUCUAUUGCGCAAGGUCUGGGGCGAUCUUGAAGAGGCCAAGACGACUGGCAAGAGCCUCGCCUGCUUCUACUUCACCAAGGAGAGUCACAUCACGACCUUUGUGCAUCUGCUGCUCGCGAGCGGGAUGCCGUUCACGAAUGUGCGCAUCCCCGAGCUCGACUACUGCUCGCAUGUCACCAUCGAGCUGUGGGAGAAGAGCACGCCACGGAACGGGCAGGCAGUCAAGGACUUCUCUAUCCGCCUGUCGAUUAGCGAGGGAGCGCACUCUCCCGCGGUCUUGGACAGCAAUGUCGAUGCUCGCCAUUCCCUCACCGUACAGCCGCGCAAGAAGCUGACGAUGCACGUCGACUGGGCUCUCGCUGAGAAGUGUCUCUCCAAGCACUUUGACAAGGGACUUACCUUUUCAACAACACCACUUGAGGGUGACGAGGUGUACCUCCAGAAGACAGUGCACGACGAGGCGGUGCUUCCACUGUCGCUUUCACGAGGAGAGGACACGCCGCGAGGCCACAUGUCAUCAGCGAGCUCGUUCCGGAGUGCGGCUAGUGACGCAGGGUGGAGCUAGCUCUUGGCGAGUCGGCGACGCGUAUAGUGACUGUAGAUGCGUGCCUGGGGUUUGGUUUCAGAUCUGGAAUGCAAGUGAAUUGUUUAUGGUUC